CACGAGUUAAAGGCCGAUCAGGAACUAGACACAGCUUCAGUUUUGUUUUGAACAUCAAGGAAGAGCUACCUCCUCGCACUUUAACGCACAGUGCCGUUCUUUGUUUGACUUUAUACGACUGAAGGCGAUAUAGCUUGAAGGGUUGAAGUUAGGAAACGUUUGCAAACCAAAGAUGAUUUUCGACAAGCUAAAAAAGUUCGAUAUCGUGUUUGAUUCUCCGGAGAUGGACUCUCCUCCGGUGUUCAGCAGUGGAGAUGUUGUGUCAGGAAAGGUCGUGCUGGAGCUCACUGGAGAGAGUAAAGUCGAGUCAGUGAAGCUGCAUGCAGAAGGUUUCGCCAAAGUGCACUGGACCGAGUCUCGCAGCGCUGGUUCCAGCACCGCUUACACGCAGAACUACAGCGAUGAAGUGGAGUAUCUGAACCGCAGAGAAGUGCUGCUGCAGGCAGAUAAUGGUGAACUGAUGGUCCUUUCUGCAGGGAGGCACGAAUACCCUUUCAGCUUCCAGCUGCCAGAGGAAACUUUGGUGACAUCCUUUGAAGGCAAGCACGGCAGCAUUCGGUACUGGGUGAAGGUUAAGCUGCAUCGCCCAUGGAACACAGUCAAGAAAAUCAAGAAAGAGUUCACGGUUAUUGAACCCAUUGACAUCAACACACCUAGUCUACUGGCACCUCAAGCUGGAACCAAAGAGAAGAUGGCUCGAAUCUGGUACCGCAACUGUGGGCAGGUGUCAAUCACUGCGAAGAUAGAACGCAAGGGCUACACACCAGGUGAAGUGAUUCCAGUCUUCGCUGAAUUCGAUAACUCCACAUCUCGGUCUGUGGUGCCGAAAGCUUACAUCACCCAAACACAGACCUUCAUUGCGAGGGGCACCACGAAGAAGAAGCAAGCUGUGGUGGCCACACUGUGUGGGGACAUAGUUGGUGCGCGCCGCAGAGAGACCUGGCAUGGCCGAGCCAUCAAAAUCCCCCCUGUUGGCCCCUCCAUUCUACAGUGUCGUAUCAUCAAAGUGGAGUACAUGCUCCGGGUGUGCGUAGAUGUUCCUGGGACUUCCAAGCUUUCCCUGGAGCUUCCUCUGGUAAUGGGCACCAUCCCCCUCCAUCCGUUCGGUAGUCGCACAUCCAGCGUCAGCAGCCAGUACAGCUUGAACAUGGAGUGGAUUCGCAUGGCCAUCCCUGAGCAGCCUGAACCUCCUCCAGAUUACAGCUCUGUUGUCACAGAUGAGGAAGCAGUCCAGAACUCCACAGCGAUCCAACACGAGGAGGACCUCAGUGGAGUUCUACAGCUCUCCCUGAUGGCCUAUGUACAGGAGUUCCGAUUACGUCCACCUCCGGUGUACAGCGAGGUGGACCCAAACCCUCAACCCUUCUCCAUGCGUCCUCGCUGUAUGACCUGUUGAACUCUCUGCUAGCUGAACAUCACGUGAUGUUUGAAAUAAAAUUUGAGAUGUAAUUCUCCCGGAUGCCUCUCUGAGACUGAGAUUGGUUCUUGUUCCUCGCUCGAGCUAUUCACAUCGGAUAAGCCAUAUACGACUCCUGCAGAGGGCCAGAGAGAGGAGGAGAUGUCUGGACCAGGCGAGGCAGAGCGCUUUUAACAAACAAAGAGGACAUUCAAUAUCGGCUGAACAAAGGCUUCGUCCACAUUUGUGUCCCAAAGAGCGAUCAGACUCCGGUCUGUCUGUGCCUGGAGCGAUUUUUAAGCCAAAUCUAUGUUGAAUCAGGGAAAAUGGGGAUGAUCACUAGAGAUUAUGGUUAAUGAUAGAAUAAGGACAAUUCCAGACGCCAUUAAGAUAUGCUAUACUUGGUGCCUUACUAAUCUAAGACUAAUGUUUUGCUGGGUUUCCUGUGAAUGAGGGGUGAGUCUUAACCAGCUGCAAUCUGCCACCAUUAGUGAAAAGUCGUCCUCUCCCACAACUCUGGAUCAUCAUGUAAAUCUAAUUUGGUGUUGAUUUUAGCCAAAGAGAUACAAAUCUGAUGUAGAGGUUCGGUGCUUUAAUGUUCGUGUGUGCACGGGCAAUUUUAUGCAAAAGGGAAAACCUAAAGCUUUAAGAAAGUGACGUGGGGAAAUUGUAAAUCGUGGAGGUAGGUCACUUUUGUCUUUGGAGUGGUAAAUAACAUUUAGGCUCCAAUUGUUGAUGUUCAUCUAGCUUGACAUGAGUCGAGCCAAUAGCCUGAAAGUUCUUAAUGUCUGAAUCUAAUGCAAGGCUGAAUGUGUCCAUGUUGCUAUGUAUAAUGUUUCUUUCUUGACUAUUUUUGUCAUUUUUGCAAGUGGAUUGAGGUAACAUAAUAAUUGCAAUAUAAUGCAAGGCUAGAGAAGCAACUGACAAGUUUGCUUUACAAACGGUUGGAAAAAAAUAGCUAGCCAUCCAAAGUGCAUUUUUUGUUGUUUAGAGGAAAGCAAAGAACGAGCACAGGGUUGCUUUCCUACUCUUAGAACUCCCUGAAGUGUCCUUACAGACAUUCCCAAAAUACCACAUAAUUUCUUUAUUUCCAAAUAAUGAAAAAGUGUACCUUCAGGUUCAAACACAAUGAUUGUUUAAGGCACUCAUUUUGAAUAAAUGUAUUUUAUAGACUUUUUCAUGUUGACAUUUGUGACAAGUAUAUUUUUGUUAAUCAAUUUUUAAAUAAAGAAAACCAAUAAAUAUAAAUAUGGUGCUUU